AUGAACGACCUACCGCAAGAACUUAUUGAUGAGAUCUGUAGCCACCUACCGAGAGAUGACUUACAGGACGUGCUUACGCUUAGUCGUCAGUUCCAAUACAGCGCAGAGAAAUAUUCGGGAUUCUUUGAGAAAUACACUCUCGACACAGGCAACUCAGCAGAGUUCCGUUCUCGCUUCUUGUCCUAUCGUUUGCUGUAUUUACAGGAGGUGAUAUUCCGACCGACUGUCCCACGAUUCAACUGGCGUGGUGAAGACGGUGAACCCGUACCGUAUAGAGAGACUGCAGAUGAGGUACGAAGAAGAGAUGAGUCUUUCACCAAUCAGAUUCAGUGGCUCUUCCAUGUCUUCAGGUCGAUCGAAGAUCAGGCCGGCGAAAUGGGCAUCGUCGGCAGAUAUUGA